ACAGGUGAAGACGUCGGAGUUCUACCGCUACUCCCGGCAGCUGCGCCAGGAGGUGGAGCAGGCCCUGGGCUACUUCCACGACGUCAAUCAGCAGCCUCUCGCAGAGACGCGCGCCAACCGCAUCCGCUCGCAGCGCCCGCAGACGGCCGUUUUCCGGGGCAUGAUCGGCCACAGCAUGGUGAACAGCAAGAUCCUCCUGCUGCAGCGCCCCAAGGUGUGGUGGGAGCUGGAGGGCCCCCAGGUGCCGCUGAGACCCGACUGCCUGGCCAUCGUCAAUAACUUUGCCUUCUUGCUGGGAGGGGAGGAGCUGGGGCCGGACGGCGAGUUUCACGCGUCGUCCAAGGUCUACCGCUACGACCCCCGACAGAACUCGUGGCUUCGCAUGGCGGACAUGUCGGUGCCCAGGUCAGAGCUCGCACUUGUUGUCUCAAAUGCCGUCGACAGGAACUGACAACAAGGUGCCUUCGGGCUCGCAUUGCCAC